CAUUUGAUGUUGUUUACCACUUACGAGUAAGAUUUUGUUUCCCAUGUGUCUGCGGGAGGAUUAAACAUUUAGAAUAUGUGUGUUUCUGUUGUUUUGGGGAAUGUAGGAGUUGCGUAUGUAGAAAACAAGUGAUAUUGUACGGUUUCCAUUUCUUUCUGGACAAACGAGAGACAGAAACAGAGAGCUUCUAUCGUGAAAUCACGAGAAGAAUGUGUCUCGAAUUAUGGUAGGUGAGAAAACCCGAAGCUGGAAGGUGAGCGUGAGCAAACCACACUGGAAGAAAGGUGAGCACAUGAUGUGCGUACUGGCCGCGGUUGAGAAAGCGCGAGCUUUCCUUUGCACCUAGGCUCCAUUUCUCAUUACGUUUUCACACGUUGCCGAGUGCAGUACGAAGGAAUAGCCUUCCCCGGCUUGAACGGUGGACAACAAACCGACGACAACGACGACGACAACGACUACGACAAACGACCCACACUGAAAAAGAAGGAGGAAACCCCAACAACCAAACCAAAGUAAAGAAGAGUAGUUAAAAAGAGCUAGCAGACAGUCGUUGGCGUUGUUACGUACCCGGUGCGCGGAUCCGCUUGCCAAUACUAUCGGCCGACCUUCUCGUAACCAAAAUCAGCCCAAGUCCGGCCGCCCAUCCAGUGCUUCACCCUGCUUCACCUCCCUAAGCCCCCUUUUUAGUGGGGGACCGAAUACCCGGUUUUAGCGAAUCGUAUGCGAAGUUGAAAGUUUUCCGGCACGUUGCGUUUUUUCGGUGUUUUCGAAGUUCGACGGGUGCGUGUGUGUGUGUUUUUUUUUUACCAACUGUGGGGCUAAUUUUUCCUUCGUCGCCGAUGCGCGUGCGAUUCGGUUCAACCCUGGUGGAUUGUGUCAUUUGGUGGUGUUCUGAAUUGUUUCCAAUUCCAAUCAAUAAAGUAGGCUCUGGUGGAAAAUUGGUUCGGGCCGCGGUUGACAACCGAAUUUCAGCCGCUUUCCUUCGUUACUGGUGGAAAAGCUUAGUGCAAAAGUAGGCAGAAAAGGUGACAGUGGUGGUGUGUGGUGCAAUCAUCAGCUUCAGCAGAGUUGUGGCAGUGUUGGAGGGUUGCAACAGAAGCAUUCAAGGGGGUGUACAGAGGAAGUGUCCGCUGAAGAGAAGUUUUGUGCUUUGUAAAGAUGAUACAACAGCGGUGCAACAUAUGCUGCUAGUGAAACGACGACGAUAGCGUAACACCUUCUAGUUCCAGCUGAGUGUAAAGUCACGAAGGCUUACAUACGUCCACUCAGAACCAUUAGGCAAGACGUCACAAUCGAAACGUCGGUGCCAUACCAGAGGAAUCUGAGCGUUUGACAGCGUUCUCUGGUGCGAUACUGUCUGGAACGGAAGCUAUCACAUCUGUAAAUCGACUAACGACAAAUCGACGACCAAAAAAAGCAAAACAGUAAAAAAAGUGAAAAAAAGAGAUUACAAUACGUAUAUAAGUCAGAAAAAUAUUUACGACCCUUGUGCAAUUUUACGAAGCGGCAGCUUAAAAAGGCCGCCGCCAGCCUCGUAAUAAGGUGUAAACUAACCGUGCAAAAGGUGCAAAGAAAGGAAGCGAAAUUUUGAGCGAAAUUGAUCGAGUUAUACCCUCUAGUGAAAGUGCAGAAAAAAAGCAGUGAUCGAAAGCGAAAAGUUAAUUGAAUUUAACGAAUAAAAUCGGCAUCUUUCCGGUUCGGCUGUGUCGUAAUCGACUAGUGCUAGUUAGUGUGUGAAAGUAACAAAAAAAAGAAGAAAAAGAUCGUGUCCUUCGCGUAGGGGCAAUUUCAAUUGAACCGUUUCGGACCACCGCGACGGAUCAUCAAUCGACGGCGGAAGGAGCAAUCCGUCGAACCAACCGUAAAAGGAUACAGUUUCGUCAGCAGGAAACCAACGGCGCCAGCACGGAACAGCAGGAGGAGGACGUUUUUUACAAACAUUCACCAGCAGAUCAAAACAUGAAAAUGGUGUUGUCACAACGGCAGCGCGAGGAGCUUAACCAAGCGAUUGCCGAUUACCUGGGAAGCAAUGGAUACACAGACGCCUUGGAAGCCUUCCGGAAGGAGGCGGACAUGCCGAACGAGAUAGAGCGCAAGUACGGUGGGCUGCUGGAGAAAAAGUGGACCUCCGUUAUCCGGCUGCAAAAGAAAGUGAUGGAGCUGGAAGCGAAAUUGUCCGAGGCGGAGAAGGAAGUGAUCGAGGGCGCUCCGACCAAGGCCAAACGCACACCAAGCGAUUGGAUACCGCGCCCGCCGGAAAAGUUCGCUCUCGCCGGACAUAGAGCCACGGUCACGCGGGUUGUGUUCCAUCCCGUCUUUAGCAUGAUGGUAUCGGCAUCGGAGGACGCCACGAUUAAGGUGUGGGACUUCGAAACGGGUGAAUAUGAACGUACGCUCAAGGGUCAUACGGACUCGGUACAGGAUUUGGCAUUCGAUUCACAAGGGAAGCUGCUCGCCUCCUGUAGCUCGGAUCUGUCUAUCAAACUGUGGGAUUUCCAGCAGACAUAUGAGUGCGUCAAGACAAUGCACGGUCAUGACCACAAUGUGUCAUCGGUUUCGUUCGUGCCAGCGGGUGAUUUUCUACUCUCUGCGUCCCGUGACAAAACGAUCAAGAUGUGGGAAGUGGCCAGUGGCUACUGCGUCAAGACGUUCACAGGCCACCGAGAGUGGGUACGCAUGGUGCGGGUGAAUGUCGAUGGAUCGCUGAUGGCCUCCUGCUCGAAUGAUCACUCCGUUCGAGUUUGGCAGACAAACUCCAAGGAAUGCAAGGCUGAGCUGCGAGAGCACGAGAAUACAGUAGAAUGCAUUGCCUGGGCACCGGAAUCGGCCGCAGCGGCUAUAAACGAGGCAGCCGGAGCAGACAACAAGAAAGGUGCACAUCAAGGCCCAUUCCUGGCAUCGGGAUCACGAGACAAAACGAUCAGGAUUUGGGACGUCAGCUCCGGGCUGUGCCUGUUUACGCUGGCCGGCCACGACAAUUGGGUGCGUGGUAUCGUGUUUCAUCCCGGUGGCAAGUAUAUGAUUUCUGCUAGCGACGACAAAACGCUACGCAUUUGGGAUCUACGCAACAAGCGUUGCAUGAAAACGCUCUACGCUCACUCACAUUUCUGUACAUCUUUGGAUAUGCAUAAGUCCCAUCCUUACGUCAUAUCCGGCAGCGUGGACACGACGGUUAAAGUUUGGGAGUGUCGCUAAGUCAAAUCCUGUCUACUCUCCCACCCCACUCUCCUGUACACGCCACCACACACCAACCAAUCAUCCAACAACCGAUGUUGGCAGCUUGUUUGGGUCCUAGCGACUCAUUGGCGCUUUCUUUUUAUGUUCGCUCUUCGACAAAGCAAAGCAAAUUAGCACCACGGCAGUGGAUUAUAGGAUGUCUUCAUACAAGGAAGACACCGUUGAUAUUUUGAUCGAGCGGGUUACGGCGGAUCCCUGUGAAUGGUUUGUAUUUCAUACUUGUCCUCCGAUGCAGCUGGUGUAAACAUUAAUGUGAUGAUUAACAGGAAACAGGAUUUGCGGAGAGAUUGUGAGCUGAGAUAUCGGUGGGCAAGUGAAAGGUUUUUUUUAGUUGAAUGUUAGUUUAUGUUUUGUUCCAUUUUACUCAUAUCGAUCCAAUGAAUAAUGCCAGGCGGGUACGAUAAUAGUGACGCUCGUUAGCUAAAACCUGAGCACUGUGAGGCAAAAUGUGCAUCCUCCUAGAGUCACUGUUUUAUCAGAAGAACAAAUAGUAAGCUUUUCUCUCAUUCUGUUAUAGAUUUUGCGCAGAAUUCAUACAAAAAUGCAAAAGUAAUAUUGAAAAUGCUAAAACAAAUGAUACACACCUGUAGAAGAUACCGAACACCACCACAUCCAAAAAUAAACAUAAACUCACAAUUCAUUACAAUACAAUUAUUAGAAGCAAAAAAGUACACAUUCUAGCAAUGGCAGUCAUUAUCGAACGAAAACGAAGAGAGUGAACAAACAAUGAAGGAUUAUCCCAGCAGCAACCAGUAGAUGCGAAUAGGAGACAGGAAGAGGCCCUCGAUUGCAAACCAACAGAAGUAUAAUUAUCGAGCCUUCGAUGUUUGUCAACUUACUCAUCUAGGGUGGUAGCAAGUGGCACCGGAGCAGCAGGAGAAAAAAAAACGAGAGGAAAUGAUUGGCAACAAUUGGCAAAAGUGCAAGGAAUAACAUGUGUGAAGGGAAAUAUUAUUAUUAACAAUAUACUUACAAUUUAAAGGUCUGGUUGGAGAGAACAUUCGAAUGCAGCAUUGAGACAUUUGUAAGCGCAGAAAAACGGAUUCGAGUAUGGUAGUAAGAUGCGUUGGUGUAAUGCGCAACAGCAGCAACACACGCUAAGUCAAAUGGAAUCAGUGCCACCUCACACAAAAACGGAAGACCCGUUCGACCAGCAUAUGCCACCGAAGCACCGAAUCAUAAGCCGAAAAGCCGACCCCGCGCAUCCUUGCUUCCUUGUCAAUUCUUCUUCGACUGCUCCAGGCCGGCGUAAGGGCCGGAAAGUGUUGGCGCGUAGCGUUACAAAUGGAACUGUUGUUGGGAUGUAUGUACCGGACUACCGGCGUUCGAGGAGGGUUAAGAGCUUGCUGAACUUUAAAUCUUUUUCUCCCAACUGUUGGUAUAAUAUGCAUCGGAUCCUCUUGGUUGACUUUCCAACCAACGAUCACUUUCUCUGAGGUGAAGCUUGCCUUAAUGGUUGAAGCCAUUUCUAAAUUUUGCAAAUGAAAAGCAUAUUGGCUAAAUUUUUAACAUUGCAGGCUCAUUAUACUGAAUGUGAUUGACCAAGAAAAAGACUCUUUUCCAACUUAGUUCUUUUCAGUUUUGGUCUCAUUUUUUUGAUAUUUUGCAUUCUACCAUUUAUAUGGUUAACUCUAACGUUCAGUGUGACUGCCAUCCGAACUGAUUGACGCGUUUUGAAGAAAGUAAAGAGUUUGAAUUCGGGUAUCAGAACGAAAAGUGGAACAAAUUGUCCUAGUGACAAGCGGAAUCGCCCUGAUAAAUAUAUGAAUACCACAAAGCAUUCAAGAUCCAGUUUUGGUACGGUCCUCUAUGACCUAGUAAAAUUGGCUUUGCUUUGUCGAAAGCUGUUUGUACAUAGUGCGAAUAGGAAACGUUUGAUAAGAUUGUUUUAGAUCGAGCAGAAUAGAUCACGCUCCAGUCGGGGGUUAGGUUUAGGAUCAAGUUUUACACUCUCUGUCCCCACACCGCAUGGAAAUUUAUUGACCCGAACGGGGGAGGGUUUCCAAACUUUAGUUUCGGCUGGUGGGAAAUUGCUGCCCGAUUGCUAUUUUAUAUGCACCACAGUCCAUAUUGUAAAUAUUGUUACAGCACACGCACGCGUAAUGCCGCAGAAAACCUUUCUUGUGCAUCAGCUCCGAAACAUGUAGCCAUUUUAGCCAGAAAAAAGGUACAUGGAGCGUCAUUCAAGCCUGAUAAACGUUGUGCGGCUGUUUGUGAAAAAAAAACCACGGUGAUCAACAACUUGAGCAGAGAAACCGGAGUAAGAAAAGACGGAAGUCAACAUGAGUGUGGCGUGUGUUGGUGAUGAUGAUGGUAGAAGCGUUAAUGAGGAAACGUGGGCUGUUGUAGUCCACUAUCAUCAUGCCGCUUCUACCAUCAGCAAAACGGCAAACGACUUUGCUCCGAGCGGUUAGAAAAUCAUCGGCGCGCUGAAAACAAACGGAAGGUAAAUGCGAAAAUGCGUGAGAGUGUGUGUCUUGUUUCAUACUAUUUAAAUUAUUAAAUCUAUUUCUAAUGCCCUCAAUAUUGCAAAACGAACCACACUACAACAGCAAGAAAUGUGCGUUUCUGUGAGCUACGAGAAACAGAUAGAUGAGAGAGAGAGAGAGAGAGAUGAACGCUGCAAAACCGAAACAUAAUUGCAACUGCUAACUAUUACUAUUAUUAUGAUUACCUAUUAUAAUUGCUACCGAAUAUGGCUACCGUUGCAUGCUACUUCUAGGUUGUGCAACGACAACAAUAUAGUGUUAAACGCGUUCUAAAACAAACAAAAAAGCGGAAGCCUUGACGGCGGACCGUUGGUUGACCGGUGGUUACUGAAGAGCAUUAGCAUGGCCACCGGAGCAGAAUAGCUGUGCCCACGCUCAACAUCAGCAUCAGCAAAAGAGACCAUAAAACCGUUUGAGAAACGAGCAAUGUCCCCAUGUACGUCGGAGUGAAAGCAAAAGAUGUGAGAGAUUUAGACAGAAGUACGUGUGAAAUGAAUGUGUUCCAUCAAAUAAAAAAAAAACAACAGGAAGCAUGCAUGCAUGAUAAUGAAAAAAGAUCAGACGUCGGGUGCACAGUGGCCCCCGGGCGCCCCAAGCGGGCAGUGGGGCAACAUGAGCAUGAUUUGAUUUUAUUUCCUUCAUGGUAAAUAAAAUUUAAAUCUACAACGACGAAGCUAAAGCGGGACGAAGCUAGAGCGGGGUUUAGUUAGGCCGGAAUUGUGGCAGAUACUGUUAAACGGUCACGUGCUCGCAAGGCAAGCCGCAAGGGCUAAGCAGUUCUGUAGUAAUAUUCUUAAAGAAAAGGCAACACAACAGCAAAAUGCUAAACCUAUGCGUUACGAAAGUGAAUGAAACGGGAUUAUAAUUUUCAAGAAACAAAAAUAUAUAUUAUGGAAAACAUUGACAGUGAAUAUGAGCAGUGAGACCGAGAGAGAGAGAGAGUGCAAAUAUAUUUAAAGUUUUAUUA